GAAAACAACAAAAGGGCUCUUUGAGUUGGCGUGGUGGGGAAUGUCGAGGGAAAUAGAGCCGCUUGUAGUAGGGAGAGUGGUUGGAGAUGUAAUAGAGAGGUUCAAUCCAAGCGUGACGAUGAGAGUCACUUAUAACCUCGACAAGCAAGUCGCCAAUGGCCACGAGCUCAUGCCUUCUUCUUUUAUCUAUAAGCCUCGCGUCGAGAUUGGCGGUGACGAUAUGCGAUCUUUUUAUACCUUAAUAAUGGUAGACCCCGAUGCUCCGAGCCCUAGUGAUCCAUAUCUACGAGAAUACCUGCAUUGGAUGGUGACAGAUAUUCCAGGGACAACAGACGCUUCUUUCGGGAAAGAGAUAGUGAGCUAUGAGACACCGAAGCCGGUGGUGGGGAUACAUAGGUAUGUGUUCGUAUUGUUCAGACAGAUGAGAGGAAGACAGACAGUGAAGCUGCCGCCGCCUUCGAGGCAGUGUUUCAACACACGUGGCUUCUGUGCUUACUUCGGUCUCGGCCUUCCCGUUGCGGCUGUCUACUUCAACGCUCAGAGGGAAACUGCCCCUCGUCGUAGAUAGUUUGGCUUGUCUACCUAUAUCAAAAAUAUUAUUCUUGUCUCUUAAAUACACGAAUCAUCAUCGUUAUCGAUCUAUCUAUCUGUAUUUUCUAUAUAUGUCUAGGUAAGAAUGAUAUGGAAGUAUCUAUUUGAGUGAUUACGUAUUGAUUUCCAUAGCCGAAAAUAUACGCAUA